UCUCUUAAUUGUCAAACAUCACAACACAAAAUAAAAACCAAAAAAAAAAAAAGAAACAAAAGAGAUUCUAGAACUAAUACACUCUUGCAGAUAGCAGAUCUUCGCUGCCGUAUUAAAGGAGCCUUUCUUAGCUUAUUUCCGAAUCAACGCGAGGGGAGCUGAAGAGCAGCCAUAUGGAAAACAGAGUAGCUGACGAACUGAUACACUUGCCGCUACCCGAGGUGCAAGCCGUCGACGUAAUCAAUGUGCGACACGGCGACGGGGAUGGCGACGGCGAGAAUGUCUGGGAGAGGCAUCUGGACGAUGUGCAGAUGCAGGCAAUGCGCCUGGAGAAUCCCCAAGUGGCCAUGCUGCUGGAUGCCCCGCACGAGCCGCCCAUUGAAUUGCACCACAUGCUGGAGCCGGUGAACGUGCCUGAACGGCCGCGCAAGAAACGCAGCUUUCUGACCAUCUCAAAGCCCUUUCAUGUGCAGCCGGAGAGGUGCGCUCUCAUUUCGAAUGGCUGGCGAGCGGUGCAGUGUGUCCAGCCGGAGAAGCGCGGCGAAUGCUUCGCCAACUAUCUGAUCAAGCAUAUGAAUAGCCGAAAUUAUCCGAAUGGCGAGGGAUUGCCCCAACGCUGGGGUCAGUUCUGAGCUCUCCGCUUGGCCUCUUAUCAGUUCUUAUCAGUUUCUCAAACUGUUACCAGAUACUCUGAAGAAAGUUUAAGCGUCAAUAAACCUUUGAAAGCUAACCUA